GGGAGGCAGGGAAGGGAAGUUCGUCUCCGACCCAGUGCACUCGCCCCCCAGCAGUGGGGAGUCCCACCCCGGGGCUGCCGGGGGGAAGCAGGUGGCAGGCACCUCUGGCUGCCCCAUGGAUUCCGAUGUGGCCUCCACAUCCAGCAGAGCCUCGUCCCCGGAGCUGGAGGAAGCGGGCAGCCCCCAGCUCCUGUUUGAAGCCUUCUGCCGCGAGCCAGCGGCUCCCCAGCCGGGGCCCGGGGAGCCCAGCCCCCGCGGCGGGGCCGGGGCGAAGCUGCGGGGCGGCAGGAAGGAGCAGUCGGACGAACAGCAGCAGGAGCAGCGGCUGAAGGUGAACAGCCGCGAGCGCCGGCGGAUGCACGACCUGAACCAGGCGCUGGACGGCCUGCGGGACGUGAUGCCCUGCGCGCAGGGCCCCGCGGUGCGCAAGCUCUCCAAGCUCGCCACCCUGCUGCUGGCCCGCAACUACAUCCUCGCGCUGAGCAGCUCCCUGCAGGAGAUGCGGCGGCUGCUGGGCGAGCUCCACCCGCUUCCCCGGGGCCGCCCCGUGCCCGCCUCUCCCUCCGCCUGCUCCGCGGCAGCCGCGCCUGGGUACCUGGGCUUCCGAGCGGCUCCGCCAGAGACUCACCGCGGGGCAGCGGGGCCCCUGGGCCCCUUUUACAGACACUACUCCGGCUCGCCCUGCCUCUGCGCCUUGUGCCGGCCCGGGCCCCAGGAGCUGCCAAGAACCGCAGCCGCCCCGGCCUGCCCAAGGGCGAGCAAGUGACUGGCCCUGGCCACACACGAGACCCUACGCAACGGCUUCCCUAGGGUCAGCGCUGCAGGACUGCUACUGCUCCGACCAGGCGAGGGGGACAGCGCUGUCCUGCCAGUUACAAACCGCGCCAGUCUCCUCCUGAUCAUGUACCUGACACUUAUCCCCACAAGACUCUAGGACAGGGGUUCUCAAACUGGGGCUCCGGACCCCUCAGGGGACCAUGAGGUUAUGACAUGGUCGAGCUGUCAGCCUCCACCCCAAGUCCCGCUCUGCCUCCAGCAUUUAUAAUGGUGUUAAAUAUAUUAAAAAGUGUUUUUAAUGUCUAAGGGGGGGUCGCACUCAGAGGCUUGCUAUGUGAAAGGGGGCACCAGUACAAAACUCUGAGAGCCCCUGCUCUAGGGGUACAUGCUCUGUGGCCAAACCUCCUUGAUAGUUUUUCAUGGGUUGUUUGAUCCCAGCGUCUCCCUCCUGCUGCUUUGCAGGCAGCAGGAAUCCUAAGACACUUCCCAAGGCUGGUGAGAGAAGAGUUUGAUUCAGCUGCCAUUCCGUUGUGACGUGUAGCUUUGCCUUUCUUGAGUAGCUGAUGUGAUGCGUCGUACCUGGAAUUUCAUUUUUACUGA